GACGGUCUACCUGUAAGUAUUGAAAGUAAAAUUAUGUUUAACCCUUUAAGUCCCAGAUCAAAUUUGUAAUUCCCCUUACUGUCACCCAUACAAUUCUUAAAAUGUUAGUUCAGAGAAUUUAGUAUUGGAUCAACUAAUUAUCCCCAAAUUGAUCUUUUUCUUUAUUCUUGUCACUUAUCUGGUUGAUAUUGUAGAGAUAUUGUAGGGAGAAAUUCUGUCUUGGUCACUCAUGGGAGUUAAAGGGUUGAAUGAUUACUGUCUUCGUAAUUACCUAGCAAGUGAUCGGUUCAUCUCAAUUCAUUAAAGGAAGUAGAUACAUGAGAUUCUAACACACUGGUUUUUGUUUUAUAGGUUAAUUGCCAAAAAUUUAGUUUAGUUUAUCCAAAAAUAUCACUUAUGGCUUAACUUUAAAGUAAAGUCUUCCACAAUGACUCGCGUCAGUGUGGAAUUGAAAAAGAAGUCUAGUGGAAGUGUUCCUCAUUGAUGGAAACAUUUGAAAACUUCUCAAAUAUCACUCCGACAUUUAUCUAUUUUCUCCUACACUGUAACUAGCUAGCUUGUAGAGAACUUGGGAACUUUUGAGAAAACAACUUAACAAUAUUAUUUUCAUAACAAUACAAUUGUGUGCGUUGUUUCCAGGGACCUCCAGGUAUAGCCGGUCCCAGAGGGCCAAUGGUAUGUCUUUUUUUAAUUGUCAACACUGUGUUUGUGUGUGUAUGUGUGGGGGAGGGGGGGAGGGGCGGAGGGGCGAAGGGGAGGGGCAGUGUACAGAAAAGAAAAGGAUACCUAAUUUUUUUUUACUGUUUCUACUUUCCACGGGGCAGUUUACUUCCCUACAAACACUAAAAUGAAAUCUUGACUGGCUGAAACGAUUCACCGUGAUAUCUGAAAAACUGAAUAUAAAUUGUUAAAAUGUUAGUUUUGUAUUCGAGACGCAAAGUUGUUUGAACCGACAAGCUUACUUUUGAUUUGAAAUCGGGUUGCGAAUGGUCUUUCCGAAGAUCGGAGACAAUUCAACUUUUGCAAAGGUUAAUUCGUUCGUAUUGUAUCCGUGAAACAUCGUCACGAAGCGGUUUUUUGCUAAAACUGCAAUCGGGUUAAAUCUAUGCACACCCUGGAACGGUUGUAUAACUUUUAUCAUAUUUACUUUUUAUCAGGGACCACCAGGACAGAGUUUGGCAGAAGCGGUAGGUUGUUGUUAUUGGGGACUUCGAGUCUCAGUUUAUUCAAAUGUCCAUCGCAAUGUUUUUUAUAUACUACUGCUAAGAUGAAUAGCUAAGUUAAACCGUGAUGUGUAAAGCUAUUAAGGUUCCAUUGUAGGAUUGCCUAGGAAAACGUCUUGCCCAUUGUUGCGAGUUGCCCAAAAAUUGUCCAUUGUGACGAGUCUCAAAAUUAAAUUUUUACGUUGAGAAGUGACAUCUCUGAAUCAAGUGCCCUCCUUGAAAAGCAUUUCAAGAAUAUUAGUUUGGGCUGUGUUUCGUAAGCCACAGACUCGUGCUCUUCGUCGAGAAAACGCAUGAAAAUGGCAUGAACAUUUGCAAGGAAACACAAACCUCUUAGUGGUGGCUAUCAAAUUUAAAAUUCUGCUUGCCAAACUACAAGGAAAUAUAUAAUAACUGGAGGGAAGAGGAUCUUAAGAAUUCAACGCUGAACAGCACUGUAACCUUACAACAGAUAUCAUCUUGUACUCAGUUAAUUUUUACUUUAUCUGUCACUUGCAGCUUGCUGAAAUGAACACUGGUGAAAAAGGACCUCCCCCAUACAGAUUGUACUCCAGCCAAGUAAGAACCGUACUGUUUUAAAAAUAUUUGUGCAAUUUGUUUGACCACAAAGCUUGGUCCAGCCAAAAAAAGAUUUACAUCUUUGAUCGGCGCUUUUAUAUAUCCGAUAUUCAUGUUAUCAUUUACUACGUUUAGGGAUCUGGAAAAUCACAGGAUUCAAAUAAUGACGUUGGAGCCCAACUCUUCAAGGUAUAAGUGAUACUUGGUUCUGACGGUAUCCCACUUGAGCUGCGCAGCCAUAGUAUGCUUUUAAGGAGAAGUAAAACGAGACGAUUUUUAACAUCGGUUUGUUAUCCAUGUUUUACGGAACAACUUGAAACACAACUUUUUUGCGGCCGUGAUCGGCAACGGUAUAGUACACGAGACGAUUUUUAUCGCUGAUUUGUGUGCUACGUUGGAGCCCGGGUUCCUCCCAUUUGGUUUGUAAAAUCUGACCUAACUUAAACCGAGAAUGUAAAUGGAAUUCUAAAUUCUUUUUUCAUGUUAAAAGAAGAAGCUCUCUUGAUACACUAAGCUAAUUGUCGCCGCGAUAUUGCAGCGCAACAGGUCAUGGGGACUUGUCGACAAGAUUUUGUAGGUCUUAGACAAUUUUUGCUCAACUAUAGUCGUCUUUUUUUCCCCCUAGACUGUGGAUAUCGAAUUCAUGAUAUCGCUUCUGGACAGGAAAAUUCAAACUUUCCGAGUACAGAAUGGGGACCUGGAACAUCCUGCCCGAUCAUGCCGAGAAAUCAAACUAGAUCAUCCUGAAUCUAAGAGCGGUUUGUUGUUGAAACGUUUAUUGACAAGCUUCUUAUGUAUUUAUGUCGCGCGGGCAAUCAUAAGAUUUCUGCGUGACAUCAAAGAGUGGCUCUCUUGAGCAUGCGUGGUAGAUUGUUACCGAAAGAUCAGUGCACAUAAAUAAGGGUGGCGAUCUGUUGAUGAUGGUUGAGUUACAACACUGAAUUGUCUGCGAUAAGGGCGGUGAUUAAGAUACACUUGUAAUCUCGGUAUCAUGGCCUUUGUCGUAUUAUAGGUCAAAGUAAAGUCAGCCAAAAAACUCAGGGAGCAACUUGAAGAAAAUUUCUCUCCGUUGGAUGUCUGUCAAUCGCAGGGUUACCCUCCCCACACCCUCUCUCUUUCAUUUCACAAGGUUUCUCAUUCGGUUUUAUACUCCUGGGUGGAGAGAUGCAUUGUGAGAGUAAAGUGUUAUAUCAAAGAACAAACACAUGGCCAGUGUUUUAAUCCGUAUCUUUCUAUCCGAAGUUUACCAUUUCAUUCUCUUCUUACAGUUUGCUGUAGCUUAUUUUAUUUUCAGCUCGCACUGCUUGAUAUUCAAUCGUUCUUCGUUCGCUGUUUCAUUUGUGCGUUUCUUCCAUCUGGUAACUAUUUUCUACAUGCCACAAAAUGGUAAUAUCAGACUAACUUUGUUUUGUUCUGUAGGUGAGUACACGAUCGAUCCCAACGAAGGCUGCAGCAGUGACGCUGUCAAAGUUUACUGCGAUUUCGAGAAGAACGCUACCUGCGUAAACCCCAAAAAGACCAAGGUACAAGAGAAAAUUUAACUUAACGCUCUCAAUACUACGAGAGGCCAAAACUGGAGGGAUUUCUUUGCUUGGUACUAUGCUAUCAUGCACGAAUAUUAGGUGAUAACAGUAAAAUCUCAUUGCUCUCUUUUUUGCGUGAUAGAUUGUUGUCGACGCCAAUGAAACCGGUCCAGGACAAUGGACAAACGAGGAUGAACCGGUAUAACAUUUUUCUUUUGCCUUUUAAUUUUUUACUUUAUUGCCAAUGUGCUUGAGUACGAUAUUUCAGAAAAUGAAUAGUUUCUCUGAAACUGACUGAAUGGAAGAGAGGGAAACAAAGGAAGCAGGUUGAGCAAAAAAAGCGCAUAGUAAUGCCACUGAUAGCCUCUUUGGUACUCCCUACAUCAGACCAGUGAAGUUCUUGCAAUGAUUUCGUUUGGAUCUUUCCAAAAUCAUGUUCGCCAAUCAUUUUAAGAAAAAUAUGGCAGUCUGCGGUCUUUUCCCACAUCUAAACAGUACGGAAAGCCAUAAAACUCUAGAGCAAUGGUUUAUCUUUCAUAGCGCCACUCUUGAUCACGGUAUCAACGAAUCCUAUUCAUUCAACUAAUUUAUUCCCGUGUUUUUCACGUUACCAUGUUCCUUCCCAUAGCGAAGCUCCAUUUUUCUGUCUAUACUAACGAUGGGCCAACGUACGAAACGACAGCUUUAGAAAUUCUUUAAGGAGGCCAGGUUACAUCGUCAACUCAGUUGAUAAAACCAAACUUCCUUGUAAUACCUUCCCCCCCCCCCCCCAUCGAUGCAACACCACAAUUUCUUUAGAAACUUACCCCCUUUAUUCAAUUGAAUUGCGCUGAAUCUCUUAUAACUUUUAUUCCCUCUGUUCAUAGAUCGAAUACAAACUAAACUCAGUGCAAAUGACAUACUUGCGACUUCUGAGCAAGAGCGCUUUCCAAGAGAUGAGCUACAGUUGCGCAAACUCACACAAGAGCUGCAUGGUGGAUCUUAAAGGCGAUAAUGAAAUGGUGGUCAAUAACUUGGAGAAGAUAGACCUUGAUGUUACAGAGGUAGGCUGGUACAACUAUAACGUUGACAAUGUUUAGACACGUGUAGAUCUUGAGUUCAACUGAUGUUUUUAAAUUUCCAUUGCUAGAUACACUGCUCAUCACCAUCUCGUGAUUAGAUGUAGAUUUUUUUUUUUCAUGAUGCCUCAAUUUUUUUGUGGUAAUCAUUAUUGAAGAUCAUGUUAAAAGAAUGUAAAUAGAGCACAUUUUGAUUAAGUGCGUUUGAGCAAUUUUCAAAUGAUUGGCGAAAGUAAUACGAUAUUUGAUAGUUUUGGCUUCUCUUCGCUGUGUUUGGUCCAAAAAAGUUUGAAUCAUUGUUAAAGUCGAAAGAUACACAGUGUGGUUGCACUACCACAGUUGGUCAUUUUACAGUUGUGUGUUUAGUUGCCAAGCCUUUGAUUUAGAGUGAGACUGAAGGUGACGUUGUUGUGAUAGAGACCAGUAUCUAGUUAGCAUGAUAACAAAGUAAUUUUCAUUUGAAAAGCAACAAGGUUAAUAUCAUAACAAGGUCAACCUUAACCUCACUCCUGUUCAAAGGCUUGGAAACCAAGCAAGCAACUGUACAAUGGACUAUUGAUCUUGAACUGUCGCCUUUGGGAAAUCCGAUUCAUGGCACUCCUUGUUUCGCCCACGCUCGUGAGGGAACGAAACCGAACGAAUUGCUGGCAUUGAAGGCAAUGAGUUUCGUGUGAGAGCAAAUUUUGUCGACGAACUAUCUAUCCCCUUUACAGAUGCAUAACCGCACCGUUGAAAUGACAAAUAUUACAAAUAAUUAAUUUUUGUUUCUCCAUCUAGACGUCUGAUAAUGGAAAUAAAAAAAUGAAGAUUGAAGUCUCGACCGCGCAGCAGAAUAACCUGCCGAUAGUGGACUGGGCACCACAAAGCAGCGUCGACUCCAAGCUCACUUUUGAAAUAGGACCAGUUUGUUUUAAGUAUUAGACAUGCGCGGAGUCAAACAAGAGAAGAACACCAUCUGUAUUAUACAUUGACAAUUUUUCUGCCAAAUAUAGUAGCUAAGGAACAAUUGAAGAUCGUGUCAAAGCAUGUAGGAGAUCUGAAUAAAGCACGCGGUUGACUGGACGUUACUGAAAUGCUGUUGAUUCUGUUUUGUUUGUUACAGUAGCUAGUCUUAAAAAUUGUAAUUCUGACAUGGAGUUAUUUUGUCUUACGCCGCGUUCAAAAUAUUUUAUUAUGAAAAUAAACUGUAAGUUUAUAUUCUUUGGAAAGUCUGGUUUUGUAAAAUCAGUCACAUUUGACUUUUAACUGCAGGCAGCUGAAACAAUAGCAUAAAUUAAAGCUAUAAAU